AUGAGUCGCACAUUACCCACGCGGCAGGCCGAAGAGCUGCACAAAUCCAUAAUUGCCUACCUUUCUGCCAACAAUCUACCCAACUCAGCUGCUGCCCUUCGCCAAGAAGCCGGCCUCGGCCAAGACGUAUAUGAUGCCGCCACGGAGAAAAAGUACGAGACGCUGCUGGAGAAGAAAUGGACCAGCAUCGUGCGGCUGCAGAAAAAGAUCAUGGACCUCGAGUCGAGAAAUGCCUCGCUCCAGUCCGAACUCGACAACGCAACACCCAGCUCCCUUUCCAAGCGCAACCAGGAUCCCGCCACGUGGCUGCCGAGAAAACCCCCCAGACACACGCUCGAGUCGCACCGGGAAAUGAUCAACUGCAUCGCCUUCCACCCGAAAUUCUCCUCGAUUGCCUCCGGAUCCGACGACUGCACCAUCAAGGUCUGGGACUGGGAACUGGGCGAGCUCGAGCAAACCAUCAAAGGCCACACCCGCGCCGUAAAGAGCCUCGACUACGGCGGGCCCCGGGGCGCCACGCUGCUGGCAUCAUGCAGCUCGGACCUGACCAUAAAGCUCUGGGAUCCCUCGGACCAGUACAAGAACAUCCGAACCCUGUCCGGCCACGACCACAGCGUCAGCGCGGUACGCUUCGUGUCGUCGGGCGCGGGGGGAUCUUACCAAUCGUCGGCGUCGGCGAACCUGCUGGUCAGCGCGAGUGCGGACAAGACGCUGAGGAUCUGGGACACGACAACGGGCUACUGCCUCAAGGCUCUGAGGGGCCACGUCGACUGGGUGCGAGACGUCUGCCCGUCGCUCGACGGCCGCUUCGUCCUGUCCGCCGGGAGCGACCAUACCGCGCGGCUGUGGGACAUUUCCGUGCCCAGCCCCGAAACCAAAGUCACGCUGAUUGGGCACGAAAACGCCGUCGGCUGCUGCGCCUUCGCGCCACCCGCCGCGUACGCGCACCUUGCCCGCAUGGCAGGCUUGAAGAAGCCGCCGACGGCCAGCAGCUCCGCCGAGUUCCUGGCGACGGGCUCCCGAGACAAGACCAUUAGACUUUGGGACGGCAGAGGCAUCUGCUUCAAGGCCCUCGUCGGGCACGACAACUGGGUAUCCUCGCUCGUCUUCCACCCCGGGGGCAAGUACCUUGUCUCGUGCGCAGACGACAGGACCAUACGAUGCUGGGACCUGGCCCAAGAGGGCAAAUGCGUCAAGGUGCUGGACGAAGCUCACAGCCACUUUGUAACAUGCCUGAGGUGGGCUCCGGGAAUACAAAAAGACGCCGGCGGGGCCGUCAACGGAGGUGGCAAGGGCACGCCGGAGCAAGGGGCAGAAAACGAGAGCGCGUUGAAAAGGAGCAUCGGACCGGCCGAGACGGGCGAUGCGCAGAUUAGAUGCGUCAUUGCGACGGGCAGUGUAGACAUGACGCUCAGGAUAUGGGCUAACUAG